CAAACAUCUUGUCACGACAGCCAUCGACAUAACAUCAUCAAAACAGGAUACGUCAACGUAAUAUUUAUAAUGAAGUAGUAGAUAUUAUCCAGUAGGGACACAAAUAAGCAACCUAGCGUCGUAGUAGUACAACAUAGACAUCACAUAGCAUAAGCAAACCGAUAAGAAACUUCUCAUCCACCCAAAAUAAUACAUAUAACACAAGAUGAGUGACAACGAAAAGGAGCAGCAAGUGAGUGCCGAGGAGCCGGUGUCGAAGGUUGAGACGCCAGAAAAAGGCACCGAAACCGCUGAUCAGGCAGACGACGAAAAUUAUGAAAAUGACUCCUACAGUAUUUCUCUUUAAACAGAGAAAGAUUAAGAUAUAUAUUAUUACAUCACUCCUUGCUCCUCCUCCUACAGCUUGUGUUAUACUCACUUGUUAUUGUAGUACAUAAUGUUGAUUAUGUGGCGACAGCAUCAUGAUCGUUUGGAGGUCUUGUUCACAACUGUUCCCAAGUUGUUCCCUCUUGCUGUUGUAGAUAAAUACAUUAGAUACAUAAUUUGGAAGUCAAAAUCUCGUCUUCUAAACAGCAGAAGUGACUCCCGCCAAGGAGAUGAAAGAAUCCGGAGAACAAGAGGAUGAAGACCAGAAGAAGGAAGAAGCGGUGACCAGCAAGAUCACCGAAGAAAAAUCUCUAGAUGAUGUCAUUGCCGAGAAAAAAUCUGCCGGAGGCAAUAAAGGAGCUAAAAGUAAAAACAACAGUGCCAAAGCCAAACAAGAAGGAAGUGGCAGCGUGGAAAAAAAAUCCAAAGAAAACUUGUUGGAUAUGGCUUUGGACGACUUGGUCAAGGCAGAACGUGCGGAGAAACGUGGGAAGAAAGGCAAUGGCAAAAGAGGAAAGGAGACGCGCAAAAAUGACAGAAAAGACGAAGAACGCGGAAUGUUGAACAUUAUGUUGAUUUCAUUGUCCUCAGGUUCUAACAAGAUAUUCUGCCAUCGUGCCUCUAAGUACAAACAGAGAGUUCAAGACAUGAAAACGUGAAACAGGCAAUGCAUGCAUUUCCCCCCCCUCCCCCAACGAAAUGUAGCCUCUUUACCUCGCGAAUACUAGGUACAUCAAUCAAAGAAAAAUUGCAGUGAAUAUGAUCUUCCUCGGCAUGCGUAGAGCCAUCCUAAAUGCAUCCUGAUCUCUCACGACGUCUAAUAAAAAGCGCAACAGCAACUGGAACAAACAAGGCGGUGCCCGAAACUACAGCAGUAGCAAAAAUUCCUACGGAGGUAAUGGCGGAUACAACAACGGCUAUGGAAACGGAGGCUAUGGCGGAAAUAACAGCUAUGGAGGAAAUAAGGGUGCCCAUGGGGGUAACCAAGGGUACAAUAACUCCUACGGAGGUGGUGGCUACUAUGCCGACAACAAUGGUGGUGGCAACGGAGGUAGCUACUACGACAAUGGUGGCUACGAACAAGGUGCUGAGAAGUACGGCUCUUCGUGGGCGGAUGAGCGUUACCAGCCCUAUGGAGGAAAACGAGCGCGCUAUGAGGAUGGAGGGUAUUUCUUCACAUACAUAGUAAUUUCUACUCGAUAACUUCUGCUGUUGGUUCUCUUUAAGUCUAAUGCAAAUCAAUUCCUCAUCCUUACAACCAGUAAUAAUGGGGCAAAGUAGUUCCUAGUCUGCGAAAGAAUGCUUUUCGAAAUCUUCACAUCAUCAUACGACAUGCCAACAAGAAACAUUCUUAACCAUCAAAUCCAAACUGAAAAUAUAACAGAAAAAGCGAUAUGCCUCCAGCAAGAGGACGCGGCCAAAACAGUCGUGGGCGUAAGAGACCAAGCAGCAGUCGCCCUCGACGAGAGAGAUCCCGAGGAAACCGCCACGUUGUCCGAGUAUCCAAUGUUCCUGGUGUUAUGGUAAAAAAUUCUUGUACUCUAGCAGCUUACACUUGUAAGUAGAACUAGCACGACCAGCUUAAGGUGACUAUUUUCAGAUUUACAUUGUUCAUACGUGGGUUCGUCCUUCGUUCUGCCUUCUUAUUUUCGGUAUUCUGGAACUGUAAGCCCUCGUCGUAAAUUCGAGUGCAUUUGAGUAAGCCCCCUCCCUUCUAAUCUGCGUGUGGAAGCCGAGGAUUUGGAGCGUGCUUUCCAGGCUGCUGGCCGUGUCGAGGCUUGCCACGCUGUAGCGAGGAAGAGUGGCGAAUUCUUGGUCACCUAUGCGAGUCUGAAGGAUGCGGAAAGUGCCAUCAACAAAUACGAUGGUGGUACCUUGAACUCAAGCCGAAUCAAAGUGGCUUUGUGUGGGUGAACAAACGAGGUUGACGCUAGUAGAGUUGAGAAUAAUCCUCUUUCAGCCUUCUUCAUCGAUGCAUAGUAUUACGCUUUCUGCAAUGGUAGCCUGAAGGAUGCGGAAAGUGCCACCAACAAAUACGUUGGUGGUACCUUGAAUUCGAGCCGAAUCAAAGUGCCUUUAUGUGACGUCCUAGAACGAGGUUGUUAGGCAUAGGAGUGGUCAACGUACUAGAUUGAAAAAGCAUGAAAAGACAGAAAGUCUAGAAGUUCCCACUGCUGCCGUACUCAACUAAGAAAACAUACUUAAACACCUCCUACCUACUGUAAAAAAUAGAAGUUUUUAUGAUCCUCGUCUCUACAAUCUUAGAAACCUUUUUUUUUGUAACUGUAAGUAACGGUGAGGCGCGUCAUGAUCGAUUACAACCAUAUUCAUUGUAUGAUAAAGUUAAAGAUCUGCGAAGCCGAAGUACCUGUAGAGCCAACCUCUAGGUAUGACUGUUGUAUCACACGACUGUUGGCUUCAUAUUAUGAAUUUGUGAAUUUAGAUCAUAAACAAGACUGACAAAAACGAAGACCACCAACUUCGAUCAAAGAUCCUCAUUACUAUUUUGGAUUUGAAGAUGUCAUGAAGAUUAUGUACUUAUAAUAACUUGUACUUGCUUCUUACAUGUUGUUGACGCAGCACCAACACUAUGCGUUGUGUCAUUUUAUUGGAGUCCCCAAACUAACACGAAAACCCUUGUCAUAAAUAUGUUAGUUGUCCCCCGAGAAGAUGAAGAUGUAUCAAGUUCAACAAGUUCAAGUUGCUUGCUGCGCGAGCGUGUUGGAAACUC